ACACUUUGAUUGUAACUUCGCGCGAAUUCGGUUACGUUCUGUAACCAAGCUUGUAUCCUGGCACGAUCUCGGUAUCCUUUCGAUGCCACGAGAUCGCCAGCAAAUAUAUAUCUCGACUUGGUCCAUUAAUUGCCUUCUGGUAUUUGGCUUCUCGGAGAUUUUAUGGGUUUCUUUGGUUACGUUCAACCUUCGCCUUCUGAUUUAUUUGGCACGUGUUUCUUGGUAGCGGUGUUCAUAGUUAAUCUCAACUCGACACCACGCUACAAUUGGUGACCCGUAUUUUGGAACACGCCUCAGCUUCUGGUCAAAUCUUCCAAAGAAGCCAAUUCGGUGAGUCUAUGAUUUAUCUAUCCACGUCUGUCGUAUAUUUUCAUAUUUUUAAUAUAUAAUAUACGCGACAUGACGGAUAACGAUAAGAAUAGUAUUAAUAUAAUAGACUCACACGUAUGUGUACCGAAUCCUUGUCACUUUUUAUUCGCGUGAUGAUGAAUUCCACGCUUUAUUCGAGAAAUGUUACCCUAUUAACGAUUCUCCUCGCUGACCCGGCUGCUUGGUACGGAAUGCAUACGCAUAAGCAUAUCCGUCUACCACCCAGCACCAAAUGGUUAAGUUGAACGGUUUCACUGCCAACUUAAAAGUGUUCUACGAGCACACGAAAACGGCAACUGGCACGAAACCUUACCGCUCGUUCUUUUAGGGGUGAAAACGAGCCUGAAGGCAGAUAUGCAAUGUUCCGCCGCUGAACUGGUAUACGGCACGACAUUGCGUCUGCCUGGAGAAUUCUUCACACCACGGAGCAGACCUAAUUUCGCUAAAUCAGACUACGUCCAACGACUGUCUGCAUUUAUGCGAACGCUGUCUCCGGUGUCAACUCGAAUACAACAUCGACAGGUCGCUCUCCCUCGAGAGUUAUCUACCUGUUCACAUGUUUUUGUACGAGUAGAUUCGGUACGCAAACCUUGCAACAACCUUACGAAGGCCCUUUUCACGUGAUCGCUCGUCACGAAAAGACCUUCAAGGUUGAUCGACAUGGCCGCGUCGAGAUCGUCAGCAUUGAUCGUCUCAAACCAGCACACGUCGAUGACAGUGCCCUAUCUGACAACCUGAGAUUCAAUGCUAGACCUAGCAAACCUAGCGGGAUCCUUAAAUCUCCUUCAGGUCCCACGCUAGAUGCAUCUGAGACCUCAUUCUCACGUCCCGGUCAACAGCACGCGUCAUCUGCACCUUCUACGGACGAGACGACAGUCUCACGUCCAGAUCAGCAGACCACGCCGCCUCUGACCUCGGAUGAGAUUGCAGGCUCACGAAAUACGAACGAGACUGCCGUCUCACGUUCCGGUCGCCGAGUACGGUUACCCGUACGCUUCAGCGACUAGUCGCACAGUCAACAACCGAUACGGUGUAGGGUUAUUCCUAUACUACACGCAUGCUACACUCCUCUUUUUUGAUUUUCUUUUUGUUUCCUGAGCCCACGCCUUCGACCAUCUCCAUUUGGUUCCGUCGACUUCAGUCAACUUUGGCGAAAGCUGGCCUGAUCACCCACGCUCUUGUCAACGUACUCAGUCGAUAUAUUGGUUUCGAAUGCUUGGCAUACGCUUGGUCUCGAACUUGGUCGUUACGGUCGCUUCUGGUCUUUUGGCUCAACGUGGUUUCGUCCUACGUCUGCAGCGUUUCUGGUGCGCACCUCUACGAACGCCCUCUUCAGAUUCUGGAUACAAACCACUCUGGUGUAGCAUGCCAACUCGAGCAAUAAAUACAACACAUCGCUCCUGGUACUGUUCUCCGAAAACGACCUUCGUUGGCAACUCGACGAUCAACGAUCGCUUUCCUGUUCGCCAAUUCUUCCGUCCUACAAUCGCUCGUCAGCCGAUCAGUCCCACGAUUCAAACCGCUAUUUAUCGAAAGUGUAAACCCUUUCUAGCGGGGGCUCCUGUAGUGACUCACAUUUAUCACGAGAACACGACUGGUUUAAUAAAAACAAUUAUUAUUAUAACCAACUGUACCAGUGUUUGUUUUAACGUGCUUUUGUUUGACUGUGCUAAUGACAGCUAUAUUUUGCUUCCAUUCUGAUACUCACACUUUGAUUGUAACUUCGCGCGAAUUCGGUUACGUUCUGUAACCAAGCUUGUAUCCUGGCACGAUCUCGGUAUCCUUUCGAUACCACGAGAUCGCCAGCAAAUAUAUAUCUCGACUUGGUCCAUUAAUUGCCUUCUGGUAUUUGGCUUCUCGGAGAUUUUAUGGGUUUCUUUGGUUACGUUCAACCUUCGCCUUCUGAUUUAUUUGGCACGUGUUUCUUGGUAGCGGUGUUCAUAGUUAAUCUCAACUCGACACCACGCUACAAUUGGUGACCCGUAUUUUGGAACACGCCUCAGCUUCUGGUCAAAUCUUCCAAAGAAGCCAAUUCGGUGAGUCUAUGAUUUAUCUAUCCACGUCUGUCGUAUAUUUUCAUAUUUUUAAUAUAUAAUAUACGCGACAUGACGGAUAACGAUAAGAAUAGUAUUAAUAUAAUAGACUCACACGUAUGUGUAACGAAUCCUUGUCACUUUUUAUUCGCGUGAUGAUGAAUUCCACGCUUUAUUCGAGAAAUGUUACCCUAUUAACGAUUCUCCUCGCUGACCCGGCUGCUUGGUACGGAAUGCAUACGCAUAAGCAUAUCCGUCUACCACCCAGCACCAAAUGGUUAAGUUGAACGGUUCCACUGCCAACUUAAAAGUGUUCUACGAGCACACGAAAACGGCAACUGGCACGAAACCUUACCGCUCGUUCUUUUAGGGGUGAAAACGAGCCUGAUGGCAGAUAUGCAAUGUUCCGCCGCUGAACUGGUAAACGGCACGACAUUGCGUCUGCCUGGAGAAUUCUUCACACCACAGAGCAGACCUAAUUUCGCUAAAUCAGACUACGUCCAACGACUGUCUGCAUUUAUGCGAACGCUGCCUCCGGUGUCAACUCGAAUACAACAUCGACAGGUCGCUCUCCCUCGAGAGUUAUCUACCUGUUCACAUGUUUUUGUACGAGUAGAUUCGGUACGCAAACCUUUGCAACAACCUUACGAAGGCCCUUUUCGCGUGAUCGCUCGUCGCGAAAAGACCUUCAAGGUUGAUCGACACGGCCGCGUCGAGAUCGUCAGCAUUGAUCGUCUCAAACCAGCACACGUCGAUGACAGUGCCCUAUCUGACAACCUGAGAUUCAAUGCUAGACCUAGCAAACCUAGCGGGAUCCUUAAAUCUCCUUCAGGUCCCACGCUAGAUGCAUCUGAGACCUCAUUCUCACGUCCCGGUCAACAGCACGCGUCAUCUGCACCUUCUACGGACGAGACGACAGUCUCACGUCCAGAUCAGCAGACCACGCCGCCUCUGACCUCGGAUGAGAUUGCAGGCUCACGAAAUACGAACGAGACUGCCGUCUCACGUUCCGGUCGCCGAGUACGGUUACCCGUACGCUUCAGCGACUAGUCGCACAGUCAACAACCGAUACGGUGUAGGGUUAUUCCUAUACUACACGCAUGCUACACUCCUCUUUUUUGAUUUUCUUUUUGUUUCCUGAGCCCACGCCUUCGACCAUCUCCAUUUGGUUCCGUCGACUUCAGUCAACUUUGGCGAAAGCUGGCCUGAUCACCCACGCUCUUGUCAACGUACUCAGUCGAUAUAUUGGUUUCGAAUGCUUGGCAUACGCUUGGUCUCGAACUUGGUCGUUACGGUCGCUUCUGGUCUUUUGGCUCAACGUGGUUUCGUCCUACGUCUGCAGCGUUUCUGGUGCGCACCUCUACGAACGCCCUCUUCAGAUUCUGGAUACAAACCACUCUGGUGUAGCAUGCCAACUCGAGCAAUAAAUACAACACAUCGCUCCUGGUACUGUUCUCCGAAAACGACCUUCGUUGGCAACUCGACGAUCAACGAUCGCUUUCCUGUUCGCCAAUUCUUCCGUCCUACAAUCGCUCGUCAGCCGAUCAGUCCCACGAUUCAAACCGCUAUUUAUCGAAAGUGUAAACCCUUUCUAGCGGGGGCUCCUGUAGUGACUCACAUUUAUCACGAGAACACGACUGGUUUAAUAAAAACAAUUAUUAUUAUAACCAACUGUACCAGUGUUUGUUUUAACGUGCUUUUGUUUGACUGUGCUAAUGACAGCUAUAUUUUGCUUCCAUUCUGAUACUCACACUUUGAUUGUAACUUCGCGCGAAUUCGGUUACGUUCUGUAACCAAGCUUGUAUCCUGGCACGAUCUCGGUAUCCUUUCGAUACCACGAGAUCGCCAGCAAAUAUAUCUCGA